UGGAUGAAUCUCAAAAAAUUAAGAUGUUUAGGGAUUCCAGUGUUUUGGGGAUCAGGCUUGGCUGAGUACAAGGGGAAAAGCUAUAGAUUCAUGGUCAUGGAGAGACUGGGGGAAGACCUUCAAAGAAUCUUUGAAGAUUGUGGAAGCAGAUUUAAAAAGGAGACUGUUCUGCAGCUUGGGGCACGAAUGUUGGAUACUUUGGAAUAUAUACAUGAAAAUGAGUAUGUUCAUGGUGACAUUAAAGCAGCAAAUCUCCUUUUGGGCUACAGCAAUCCACACGAGGUUUAUCUUGCAGAUUAUGGACUUUCCUACAGAUAUUGUCCCAAUGGGAACCACAAACAGUAUCAGGAAAAUCCUAGGAAGGGCCAUAAUGGGACAAUAGAGUUUACCAGCAUAGAUGCCCACAAGGGAGUAGCCCCAUCCAGACGAGGUGACCUUGAAAUCCUUGGCUACUGCAUGCUGCAAUGGUUGUGUGGGAAGCUGCCCUGGGAACAGAACCUGAAGGACCCUGUAGCUGUCCAGACUGCAAAAACAAAACUUAUGGACGAGCUCCCAGAGUCGGUGCUGGAAUGGGAUCCUUCUGGAAGGAGCUGUAGUGAACUGUCCAAGUUCUUGGUGUGUGUUUCUGGCUUAGCUUACGAUGAGAAGCCGAAGUAUCAAGUGCUGAAGAAGAUGCUGCUGGCUGGGCUGGAGGCCAGUGGAACCCUCUAUGACGGGGCUCUGGAGUUCUCCGCCGUGCGGAAUCCCCGUGCGGUUCACCUGCCAAAGCCCAUGCCCAAACCAGCUCAGCGGAAGCAAAGAAAGGUGGAAGGGGAAGAAUAUGUCUGUCAAAACAAAGCCUGUGCAGGGGUAACGAGCAAGCAGCUCCAGGAUGAAAACAAGCCAAAUAAAUUGAACAGGAUGCUUCAGCAGACAGAGCCUCAGCAGGUGAGGGCCUGGCGGGGUCACUGCCCCCCGGUGGCACAGAGGCCCGGCAGGGUGGCAGAGGAGGAAGCCCAGUGCCCCAGCAGGCCCCGUGCCCGGGGCACACGCCGGCAGCGCCAGGCUGAAGAGAAGCCACUCCCACUUUACACCAAGGUGCAGGACCCGGAGCACCCACGACAGUCUGCUGAGCACUGCCGGGAGACUCGGGUAGAAGCUAGGAGAGAGAAGCAGAAAAAGCACAGCUGUACCUGA